AUGGAUGAAGUGGAGAGUAAGGCUGCCAGUCUCCCCCAAUGGUGCGACACUCAGGGCAUCAGCAACGACCUCCUCUCUACCCUCCUCCCGGGUCCGGUCACGGUUUUGCUUCCUCGACUGCCUGAAGAUCCCCUGUGCCCCCUGUUAAAUCCUGGCGUCGCCGAAAUCGGCAUCCGUGUUCCAGACAGUCCGCUUGUAUGUCGUCUCUCAGCGGCACUGGCGACUGUCUUGCGAGAGGAGGGCUUAAUCACAAUCGACGACCUCUAUUUUCACCCCUCGAUGAAGGACAAAGGCUAUGCUUCGGUCACUGCCAUACCUCUUGUUCUCACAUCCGCCAACCCCAGUGGUUAUCAGUCAACUCUGUCUCCUGACGAAUUCUCGUGCCUCUGGCCCGAAUUGGAUCUUGUCCUCGAUGGAGGUCGUAUUGGUGGAGAAGCUGGAGACGAUCAGCUGCAUCGUGCAGCUUCCACCGUCGUCGACCUCUCUCCUACAGUGCGACAAUCCGACACCUCUGCCCAAAGCACUCGCCCCUAUCGCAUCCUGCGUGAAGGAAGUGCCUUGGUCCAGACGGAGGAAAUUCUUCACCAGUUUGGCUUUUCAAAGAGCUGCCCUUCCUGA